AUGGAAAAUUUAUAUAAUUCAAGACUCAAACAUACCAUGGAGACUUGGCAAGGAAAAGAUUCUGCGACUGUUUAUACAAAAAUUCCAAAAAGUAUGGACCAUUCGUCUUCUGUUGUCAAAUGUGUGAUAGAUCGUCUCGAACAAUUGAGAAAAAAUGAAAAAUCUGUGAAGGAAUACGGCCUACUUCUUGAUGUAGGUUGUGGCAAUGGCGCUUCAAUAAGGGAUUUUCUUCCUUAUUUUCGUCGUGCGGUGGGAAUUGAUAUUAACAAAUAUCAAGUCGAUAUUGCAAAACAAAUGACCAGAUCCGAUAAAACGUCUUUCUAUGUUAAGAAAGGAGAUCUGUUCCCAGUGGAGGAUUCCUCAGUCGACUUGAUAAUUUGCGCAGAAGCGGCUCAUUACAUGGACAUGAAAGCGUUUGUACGGGAAGUGCCACCGCAAAAUUAG